AUGGCAGCACCGGAGCCUGAACUGUCGCUGUUGCCUUUGAAACCUGGUGAUCAGCUAUGGCGACAUCUUGCAGAUGGAGCUUGCUGGCAUGCCCUGUAUGUGGGACAAUUUCUACUAGUCUUUGCCGAAGAUGGUGCCACCUUGGCCCUGCAAUCGCUAGGCGAAACUUUGCCACCGUGCGUGGUUGCAGUGCAGAUGUCGGGCGCACGAGGGGCAGUAACUCGGAUACCCUUGGCAGAGUUUGUUGAUCCGUCUUUUGGGCCAGGUCAGGAGGAUGAGUGUACCAGUCCUACAAGAGUCUCAGCAGCAGACAUUGUGCUGCUUGGUUGCUGGUGGUGCCGCUGCAGGGUGCUGCUGUCAGAGGGCGGUGUGCCCUGUGGAGUUUGGGUGCUGUCUGUGCGGCUCUACGCGAGAAGACCUCGUGGAAGACGUGCCGCGGUCGCUAGAGCACUGACGGCCAUUGGGACACAGGUAGACAAGGGAGCGCUGGUUGGACUGCCUGAACUGCUUCCCUGGUGGGCCAUCUUUGACGAAAGCAAUGACUUUCAGCCUGGUCUUUGCGCGUCCCGCAGCAGAGCCAUGCGCUACAGGCUGUCUUUGAAGGCCGAUGGAAGCACCGUGCCACCGCAGCUUCUAAAUGCAGUGCUCGCUGGAGGUGCUGUCAUGCGGCAUGGGCGAGUGGUGCUCCGUGGCAUUCGCUUGGUGAAGGCGCUCCGUUUGGGCAAAGCAGCGGGAGCGGUGGCGGCUGCGAGUACAAGCUGGGCAAACCUCGGAGGUUUCGUGGGGCAGGCGAUUGCUGGAAGCCUCCUGGAUGAUGGAGAUACGACGACAGCUGUGGCCACUGCUGCUGGUGGUUGGGCUGGCGGAUUGGCAGGGAGUGGCGUGGCUGCUGCUGCUGCAUCAACUCUUGGCAUAGAGGCACUGGGAGCUGGUUCAGUUGCUGGCGGCUUGAUGGUGUGCGGCUCACUUUCUGCUGUUGGAGCAGUUGCAGGUGCCGGACUUGCAUUUGCAGUCAAGCGUUUGGUUGCGGAUCAGGCUGGUGCUCAAGCAGACCGCACCUCUGAGUACUACGAUUGCCCUUUAAGAUUGCUUGGAAGUGCUGACGAUGUGUUUCAUCUCUUCGGUGCAAGUCUUGAAUUUCCUCCAGAAGAUGGAGUCGGCGGCGAUGCCGAGGUGGAGGACAUGCCACGCCUGGAAGCUGCAGGGUGGUAUGCUGUUCGAGUGCAGCCAGGAACAACUGCAAAAGUUUGA